AUGAUUCUUAUGAUCUCCUUGUGUGCAAACUUCACUCAAAAUAAAUUCAGUUUAAUGAGUAAAGAUAAUAAAAAUACCUGGAUCUGUCAUGCCUGCCGUGUCAAAAUACCAAAGCAUGACAAUACAAAUACUCCGGUCCGCAUCAGCACCUCGAAGCCAUCAAAUACCUCACCCGCUCCUCCUGGCUCUGACCAUUCUAAUGUUACCAUGCGAUACAAAAGUCGACAGGGAGUCCCAGACAACCAAAUAAGCGGGAGUUCGAGCCAGAAUACAUCGUUGUGGGACUCACAAUUAGAGGGUAAACAUGUUUCUACCAUGAAUAACCUAUCUAUGGAAGAAAUACGAGGUAUAGUGAAGGAUGAAUUUAACAUUGCUUUUUCGCAUUUUGAAACUAAUUUGCUAAAAAAUAUGGAGAUAAAAAACAAUGAACUUAUAGAGCGUGUAGAGCAAUUGACAACCUCACUUAAUUUCUUCGAAAUAAAAUAUGAAGAAAUUCGUGCUGAUGUAUAA